CUUAUCGAUAUCGAUUUAUUCCAUUGACAGUGUCAAUCCAAUACAAUAAGAGUCCAAAAAGAUGGGCUCGAUGUUUCCAGACGGAAAGCCUCCCGGCGAAGAUUUUAUAAACUCGUGGUAUCCCAUUCUAAUCGCUGUGGUUAUAGGUGUUGUUUACGCCAUUCGGCAGUACAUGAGGGGAGCACAAUGUCAAAGUACAGUUUCGCUAAAGGACAAAAUUGCUUUUGUUACUGGGGGUAAUGGAGGCAUUGGAUUUGCCACGUGUGCGGACUUUGCAGAGAGAGGAGCCAAGGUAAUAAUGGGUGUUAGAUGUAUGGAAAAGGGCCAAGAAGCUUUGAGUUUGCUAAAAACAAGAUUUCCUAAAGCCGACGUUGACGUUAUGGAAAUUGAUAUGGCGAGUUUUGAAUCAAUUAGAGAAGUAGUAAAACAGAUUGAAACAAAGUAUGAGCGUUUGAACAUCUUGGUAAACAAUGCGGGCAUUAUGUGUCACCCCGAAGGCAAAUCUAAGGAUGGUUUCGAACUUCAUUUAGCUGUCAAUUACUUAGGACCAUACUUAUUAACUCGUCUUCUUAUGCCUUUGUUGCGUAAAAAUCCUGGUAGCCGUGUUGUUAAUGUCACAGCUCAUGCUUAUCGCAUAGCCGAAGUGAAUACGGAUGAUCUGAAUUUCGAAUCGCGUUCUUACACUCCUGGUGAAGCAUAUUCGCAAUCAAAAUUAGCAAUUUUACUUGAUACACUCGUGCUAAGUAAGCAAAUACCGAGUAGUGAGGUAUGCAUCAAUGCCAUUCAACCUGGAGUCGUUAACACUGGUGCCCAAAGACAUAUGCCUUUUAAGCAAAAUUCUUUUCUAAGAAUAUCACUUAGUCCAAUUGUUUGGUUUUUAAUGAAAGCUCCAAAAGAUGGAGCGCAAAGCAUAAUUCAAGCGGCUGUUGCUGAAGAAGAGAAGGAUGUAACGGGAAAAUUAUAUGGCGAAUGCACAUUUGAAACUAUUGAAGCAACUGCUCUAAAUGAAGAAUUGUCGCAAAAGUUUACCACAAAGGCAGCUGAAAUGACUGGUUGCUCUGAUUUUACAAACUUAGAAUAAGUGAAUUCCUAUGGCAUAAAAUAGCAUUGAAUAUUUCUCUUUUUUUUUUAUAAAGUAGGCCUUUUAUCUGUUUUAGAAACUUUUUAUAAGAAUGGAAUAAAAAGAGAAUUUUAGUUAUUACAUAAUCGUCUUUUGCAUUGAAAUUAGCUGAAAUAAUUUAAACGGACAUAAGUUGCUUUCUGAUGAUGACUUUGCCAGCUGAUGUUUGUAUAAAAUUUAUAUUUCGUCUAUUCAAGUAACUGAUGACGAAAUCAAUGCGCCAUCUGCAGUUAAUUGUCUUACCUUUAAGGAAGAGAAUUUAUUACUAUAUACAUAUUCUGUUAUAAGACCAUACAUGACGAAUGAAAGUUAAACACCUGGGAUUUAAUUAAAUCUACUUUUUCGAUUUUUCUUUUUUAUGACAGUGAAGUUAUUUAAGUAAACCUUAAGCGUUUUUUCAUUAACGCAAAAUCGUCUAUUAAUCAGUUUUUCUAAUUCUCAU